AUGAAGAAGAUAACAGUCUAUGUUGAAGACGGAGGAGUUACCCUGGAGUUACAGGAUCCAUUUAUCCUUACCCACGGAUCCGAACUUUAUGUGAAGACCGCUGCCGUGUUUGGAACUAUAAGAAUAUUCGUAAGGUAUUCAAUGACUACAUUUCCGUAGAUGGGAAGAAGAUUAUGAUAGAUGAAGGGUACUGGACCUUUAAACAGCUUAAGGAAGAGUUGGAGGAAAACGGAUUAACAUUUAAGGGAUAUCCCGAUGGAAGGAUAAGGAUGGACUUUGCUAAGGGGACAGGUUCCGUACGACUUCGGAAUCUCACGAGUAUUUUGGGUUACCGAUACUCCAAUGGUCCUAAAUACACCCCACACAUAAGUGAUCGUCCCGUAGACACCCAUGAAGGCUUGCGAUACCUCACAGUUAGCUGUAACCUGGCGAAUCGUGAGCAUAACAUCGGACCGUAUGGAAAUCGGAGUACCGUCAUCACUUCCCUUCCCAUCAAUGGAACCAGACCUCUCUUUGGAACCACAACCGAAUACAAUGACAUUGAAAGCCAAGUAUGGGUGGAUGCUGGCAAGUACAAUGAAAUCCGGUUUGAAAUCGGGUCUAAUACCGGAGCUGUUCCCGGAGAUGUCUUACUAG